GUCACCGAAUCUGGCAAGUGAAUUUGCGCGAACUUUGAUUGAGUCAAAUUCAAAGGAGACUAGGAACUUCAUUGAAUAUAUUACAAAAUACCUUCUAGCGAAUGAAGGUUUCACUAUUACCAUGAAUAAUGCUGACAAGAAGGAGUUCAAGAGUUUGCAGAAAUGCAAAUUAAAAGCACAGGCUGGAGGUAACCUGAAGGACGAGGCAGAAUUAUGCAACCUGAUCGGUGAAUUGCUUGCAAAAUCUGGGGAUUACCAUGAGGCAAUCAAAGAGCAUCGCAAUGAGCUCCAGCUCUCAGAAUCUCUCCAUGAUGUCAUCGGAGCAGCGGUCGCUAACAGAAAGAUCGGUGAAUGCUUCAAUGAGCUUUGUGAGUAUGAGAAAGCUCUCAAACACCAACGCAAGCAUCUACAGCUAGCUGAAUCGGAUGAUAAUAUUCUUGAACAGCAGAGGGCGCUUGCUACGAUAGGACGAACGUAUCUGUGCUGGGCAGACAAUCCCGAGACGGAAGCUGCUAAGAAGACAGAGGUCUUGCAGGAAGCCCAGAAAGCAUUUUUGAGGAGUUUAUCCCUCUGUGAUGAUGUGACGUUACGAUCCAAGAUUUCAGAGCGAGAGCUGAUGGAAAUGAGGGCACGUCUUCUUCUGAACCUUGGACUGGUCCACGAGAGCCUUGGGAGUGGCAAGAAUGCAGCACACUUCAUACAGAAGGCCAUCUUCAUUGCAGAGAAGCACAAGCUGCUAGAGGAUCUGUACAGAUGUCAUCUAUCAUUGGGUGAUGUCUUCCAGAGGUCUGGGGUCUACUCCAAGGCUGGCCGCUCUAUGGAGAAUGCCCUCAUGGUCGCCAAGAAGAUGAAAAGCAAGGAGCUCGAGAGCCAAUGCUUAUGUGCAUCUGCAAAUGUAUUCUUCCAGCUGGGCGACUUCACUGCAGCUAAGCGUAGCCUGAAAAAAACUUACAAGUUAGGUGGCCAACAGCCUGAGGAGAGGGAGAAUAUCAUCAGAAUCCUACAAAAAGCUAUCCGAUGUGUGAAUCUGCAAGGGAAGCUAGACAGCUUACCCUCUGACGAUCAGGAGUCUCGACUUCCAGUCCUGGAAGCAUUGGGUGAUCUAUGCUGCAAGGUGUAUAGCUACAAGAGAGCUAUCGAGUUCUACAAGAAACAGCUCCAGUGUGCUAAGGGACUUGAGAAGCCGGCCAAGGAACAAGCCUCCAUCUACGUAUCUCUGGCCGCUACAUACGCAGAUGAUGGCCAAUUUGGAGAAGCUAUAGAGAUGUACAACCAAGAGCUCAAAUUGAGGCGUGGAAAUCUCAAAGAGGAGACAAAGACAUGGUUGAAUGUAGCUGACAUGCAAGAGAAGGCAGGAGAGAGUUUAGAGGUCAUCCAGGAAUCGUAUAGCAAAGCUUUAGAGCUGGCUAAACAAGCUGACCAUCCUCGGUUACAGAUUCAAGCAUUGAGAUCCCAGCUGGUUGUUCUAGAGAAGCACAACAUCGAGCAUCUUCUGAGACCAGCCCAGAGGAUGUUUAGAAACCUCAGGGAUGAUCCGGGAAUCAUCAAUAUUCAAGCAUUGAGAUCCCAGCUGGUUGUACUAGAGAAGCACAACAUCGAGCAUCUUCUGAGACCAACCCAGAGGAUGCUUAGAAACCUCAGGGAUGAACACGGCAUCGCCUCCGAUGACGACCAGGAGAUCAGCGACGAUGAGGACGAUGAUCAGGGUGAUAGUCAGAGAGAGGACUCUGAGCAGCUUGGUCACUCCUUGGAUAUUGUUCUUGAUGAUCUUUCUGAUUCAGAUUCUGGUUCUGAUGAGGAGUAUGAUCGACCUACUGCCUCUGAGAGGGUCAGGAGAAACAAGUUUUCCAAGUUGAAUGAGAAGGGUGAGUCGUUGCUUCAUAGGGCAUGCAUCGCAGGGAACUUGAAACAAGUAAAGAAGCUGAUUGAACAGGGACACCCUAUGAACCCCAGGGAUUACUGCGGAUGGACCCCUCUCCAUGAGGCUUGUAACUAUGGUUUCACGGACGUCGUUGAUGUCCUCCUGACCUCUGGUGCUGACAUCAACGACCGCGGAGGAGAAAAGUGUGAUGGCAUGACUCCCCUCCAUGAUGCAGUGAACUGUGGGAACUGGCCAGUCGCAAGGUUACUAAUAGAGAGGGGUGCUAAUACUAAUGCCAGAGAUGAUUCUGGCAAGACUCCUCUUGAUGCUCUGAAGACAUGGCUCGAGGCCUACACCACUGAGAUUGAUACAGAUACCAGGGAAGAGUGCUUUCUGGUUGCUAGAAUGAUCAGAGAGGGCACCACUUCAGGUAAUCUUGCAAACAGUAAAGUUCCACCAGUGAAGAAACCUUCAGCCGAGUCAUUUCUGUUGAACAGCGACCUCUUUGACAGGGAAGAGACAUCGAGUCAGGCAUCUCAACAAAGGACGUUUGAAGCAUCUCAGAGAAUCUCUCCCUCGCAGAGAUCGGGACGAGACGGUCAGUCCAUGCUGGGGAAGAAACGGAAGCAUGUGCCUCAGAGGGGUAGAGAUGAAGGGAGGAGGUCUGUAGGUCGAGCUGCUGUAGGUCUGGCCUCCAGGAGGAAUGCAGCGCUGUCUCUGGGCAGUGAUAGUGAAGACGGAAGUGAUAGAACCGAUGCGGUGGAGAUGAUGAGUCUGGAUGAGGAUGAGGAGGAUGGAAUGGUGGAUAGGACAGGUUAUAAGGACAAGUCUGCAAGGCAGAGGAGAUAUGAUGAUGAAGAUUCCUUGCCAGAGGUAGAUCUGGGAACCAGGACUAGCAACGCAGUCAGAAAUUCAAUAUUAACUCAGGAUAAUAAUGAUAAAGCAAACAACCCUGAUAGGGUAACAGAGAGAAAUACAGGUAUGGUAGAUUUGAGGUCAGGUACGUUAAGUGAUGGGGAUGACAGCGAUGAGGAUGUUAUGCCUGGUUCUUACUUAAACGUUGAUCGCACGAUAGAUGUCGAUCUUCCAUCUGAUGCUAGAAAGACAUACAAGGAUGUGAUACAAGGAGUUGGAAGUGCAGCUACGAGGAUAACUGAAGCACCAUUUGAGGUUGGUACAGGGAGUAGGACUGAUACCAUGAGCGCGCUAGUCUGUGAGGAGAGUUAUACCGGUGGUGACGAUUGGUUGGUAGAGGAUGUGCCGCCACAGCCACGCAAACGUCUACGUGUAGACAUGGAGGGAACCUUCCGAAACAUGUCAUCUGACCGAAACGAAAGAUUAAACCCUGACUUAUCAGGGACAACAAGUGGACAGAGAACUUCCAGUUCACAGGUUUCUAAGUCAUCCUCUCGAUCACUGAGCAGGAAAUCUAAACCUAAACAAGCUAAAUUAACACACCUAGGAGUAUCCGUCCAGAGAACUGCCUCUGAAAGAAGUCUAGGAGACGGCUCUGCGUAUCAGACUGAUGAUGAUGAUUUUGUGAUAGAGGAGAUCCCCACGCAAACACAAAGCAGCAGAAGUGUGACACCUACUCAGAGGCAUCACUCAUCAAGUUCAUCCGCCAACACGUCGAUUGAACAGCACCCUCUAUUGCCUGGACCAUCAUCGAUGAUGCGUGUACAAGUCAAGAUCCAGGACAAGCUUCUCCUGAUUCCUGUAAACUUGAGGGAUCGUCCAUGCAUGCAAUGGCUAUCAGAGCAAGCAUCAUCUCGCUACUACUCACAGUGUGGACUAAGACCGAAGCUGUCUCUCUGCACUCCAGAGGGAGCCCUAUUUUCUCCUGAAGACUCUGUCGUAGAUUUACUCAACAACAAUGAAAUGGUUGUAGGAAGAGUAGAUGCAUGGGAUCUUCCCCCGUUGACUGAGCGCUACAGAAAAUCCUGUGAGAGGACCAAAACUGGAGAGAACAAUGACAUCCUCACAAGACUUCAAUCUUACCAGACCCAGCAGUCCCAUCACAGCUCUACCCUAGACCUCUCCAACCUCUACCUCCGUCCUGCACCCCUCCUGCCCCUCCUCUCGGCCCUCCAGUGCCAGUACUCCCUCCGUGUCCUCCUCCUCCCUGGGAAUCGCCUUGACGAUGACUCCGCAUCCCAGCUGGCCGCCGCCCUCAAGACCCUGCCGAACUUGACCCGAGUUGACCUUUCGUGCUGCGGACUCACCUGUGAAGGGUUAAGGGUCAUUGCGGAUGUCUUGGAUGGACCAAGGGGGCCUGCAGGGGAUGGCUUUGGGGCUGCGAUGGGAGGAGGCAAACCACUUCAGCUAUUAGAAGAGCUGGACUUGAGCUACAACUACCUCACCGACUCCAGUGCCUUAUCUCUAGCAACAAUUGUUAAACACUGCCCUCUGUUGACAACCCUGUCCGUGAGGUCAUGUGAUCUGACAGCCAAGUUCUUCCAGCUUCAUCGGCAUAAACUUGUAGAGGCUUUUCAAGGAGCACUCUCUCUCCACACCCUCCUCAUCUCACACAACCUGUUGGGUUCUACAGGAGUAGAGCUCUUACUAGGAUGCCUCUCAACCAAGGUCCUUCAGCAUCUAGAUCUCUCUAAUGUGAUCGCAUCUAGGAGUGAUGGCAUCCAUAUCGCUAGACACCUUGUCAAGUACUUCUCAGAGGAGCCAGUGCUUGACAAUCUUCAUCUGUCGGGCUGCCAUCUUUCAGAUGUCGAUGUUGAUUAUUUAAAAAGACUUCAGCCCAGCUCAAAACACUGGAAGAACUUUGACCUAUCGGCCAACCCGCGACUAUCAUCCGUUGCCCUGAGUGACCUCCUCCUCUCCAUCAUCCAAGAUUCCAUCUCCAUCUCCAAACUGGACCUCUCCGGUUGCCUCAUCCAGUCUCCCUUGGAUACCCUCCUCCUGGAUGCCUUCACCAGGCUCCUACCUGACCCCUCCCUGCAGGUCAGAGGUCAUGAGACGGAUGACCCCAGGUCAGGGUUGGCGGAGCUGAGGCUGUGUGGGACGGAGCUGAAUAAGGUGGACAAAGAGCUUCUGAUGAACGUGUGGAACGUUGCUCACGGGACGCAAGCCGGACAUCAUAUCGACGCCAGGAGAUGCAUCUUCUUCACAACUAAACCAUGAAGGAUUCGCAUCUGAUUUGGAAGACAGCGAUGAGCACAAACACUUCUGUUUCUCAAGCAUGGUGUAAAUAUCACCCACUAGAUAUCACCUUUGGUUCUAAGAAGUGAAUCAAGUUCCUAGUGUUAGUAUAGCAAUCGGAUAGCCUUACUAAGCUUCUUCCUGCAAUACCCAUAUUCCAAAACUAUUCAUGAAUUAUAUCACCUUGCAUUUCUUUACUAUUCAUCCAUCAGUGUCACUUUAUUUAGGGCCAGUUUCCUUUUCAUCCUCGGCAUGGAUAAUGAAUAUAAAUUUCUUGUUUUUUUUUAAGGUUGAUUAAUAUAUAGAAGAGUUCAUUUCUAUAUUAGAAGUGGAAAUUAUUUACUUGUCCACUUGAUUUCAAACUUCUCUUGGAUCAAGUGGGGUUGAUUCAUAGCAUAAUGCUACUACAAUUAGUCAUUUAGAUGUAGUUUAAUUGAAUUGCAAUAUAGCUAUUGAAAGAGUAUCAUACUAUUUCACUAUUUUUUUACCAAAGAGUACAUGGUUUGUAAAGGUUACCUUUGUUUGUGAUGAUCAUUAUAACUCUUAAAAGUUAUGAUUAAAUGACACCAAUGUAGUCCAAAAUGUAGAAUUGGAUAUCAAAUUUGAAAUGCGUGAACAAUGGAAAGUAAUGACAUCAUUUUAAAGAUUUUACCGUCAGGAAAAUGUUCACACCUUCAAAUUAGAUUUUGUAGAUACACAAACGGCAAGACACAAAUUAAAUGUUCAUUGCAAUAUAGAGGCCUGUUGUAAGAAACCCCAGUGUGUAAAUCACAUCAGAAUUUACACAAAGAAUAUUGCAGAUGAGAUUCACACCUUGAUUUUUCCUAAAGGGGAGUUUAAAAUUCAUAGAAAAUCUGCUGAAACGGAAUCAGAAACCGAGUGGUGAAAAAUUUCACGAAAAAUGGGACAAAGAUUUCAUUAUAUUGAAGGUGUCAUCAAAAUAAAAGCCUUCAUUAGUACUGAGCGACUGUGUAUAAUUUGUACAAGGACAAACAAUUAUGCCAUCCCACCCCCCUGGGGAGGGAAGGGGUACAUACUUCAGAACUCUGAAGAGUUUAAGAUACUCUUCCAACCCUCACCCUUAGGAAAUUAUACAAUUUGAUUGAUUAAGUUUCCCAUUUUCAUUAGAUCCUUCAGUUAAGGUCAAUGUUUCAUACAAAGAAAUAGUUUCAGAAAUUGUUGUAGAAUCUAACAUUUUUGAUUGAUUAUCUGUUAAUGUUAUCUGUGUGAUGUUUGAUUCCUUAUAAUUAACUUGUAUCUUAUUGAUGACUAUGCACCAUUAUAUCCAGUCCAUGUAACAUACUAAAUAUCAGGAAAUAUAAUUUUAUAUUAUUGUUUUAUACAUUAUAUAAUGUGUAUCACUGUGAACUGAAUGUCCAAUUAAAAACUCAAUUUUACAAUGGAA